AUGGCUGCUACGGAUGCCGCCCCGUGGUUCCUCAGCUCCGGCUUCCCCGUCCUAUUCCCUACCCACCGAGCCUUGACGCUCCCCGAUACCGAGUUUGAGUCCUUCAUCACGCAGGAUGUCAACUCUCGCCAUGUUGAGCCAACAGAUGUCGCCGCCAAGUCUGCGACCGAUGCGCCAACAUCAGAUGGCACCCUGAUUGACACGCCCCCAUCAACCACGGCUGACAUCCGGGAGGCGCUCGCUGCCGCCGAGAUCUCCACUCCAACUCCCGAUGCGGCCGUGGCCAAGUCCUCUAACCCCUUCAUGGAUGCCCUUUUGUCACACAGCGAGGCGCCAGAGGCAGGCCCAGGGAGCCUAGACAACAAAAUGCUCACCGAGAAUGGCGAUAUCGCGCAUCGGUCCAGCAAGAAUGCUCUCGUUGACUUGUUCUUCGAGCUGGAGGAUACCAUCUCGUCGCCACGCUUGGUCGAGGUUCUCACUGCGGCCUGGGCCGAGGAUCCUCAAACGACUCUCAAGAUCAUCUUCAAUGCCCGCUCUAUCCACCUCGGCAAGAGCUCCAAGACGCUCUUCUACCGCUGCACCGGCUGGCUAGCCCAAAACCAUCCAUUGACCCUCGCUGUCAAUCUCCGUUGGCUCAGCCGCCCAGUGAUUCCCAAAAAGGCUGAGAAGGAAGGGGAUGUUGAUAAGCCCGUUCUCGUCGAUGCUGCCGAGGCUGAUGAGCAUGAUCCUGCUCAUCACGACGUUCGAAAUGGAGUUUCCCAUGGCUACUGGAAAGACCUCCUCAACAUCCUAGCGCUCGCGGCCAACGGCAGCUUGAACCCCCUGUCCGACCCCAAAGCGCUGCUCAACCUGGACCAGAGGGGCGACCGGGAAGUCAGCAAAACGUCUCCAGACGACGCCAAAGUCAAGCGGCAUGCCGCCCGCGAGGAUAGGCACAAAAAGGUGCUCCUCAAGUUCGGAAACGAGCCCGUCUACCGCGCGCUGCACAUGUCUGUGGCGCGGCUCUUUGCGGCGCAGCUCAAGGAAGAUCUCCGCAAGCUCCGUAGCGGCGACGCCAAGGAGAUGAGACAGAUCUCCCUUUGCGCCAAGUGGGCACCCAGCAUGGCCCGCUUCCAUGACAAGCACACGUUUGUCGUUUCAACCCUUGCCGAGCUGCUCUCUCCACCUACCGCGGGAGAUCAGGCAGAGGAUAGGGAGUCUUUCCUCCGCCACGCGCGCGACAGCUAUCGAAAGGACAUGACGGCGUUGCGCAAGCAGCUCGAGGUGGUGGAGCGGGAUGUGACGGCCCAGACGUUCGACAAUAUCAAGUACGACCGCGUCCCGUCCAUUGCUAUGCAGAACUACGCACCCGUGUUUGCGGCAAAGGACACGGAACGGUUCGACGAAUAUGUCACAAAGGUUGCAGGGGGCAAGGCGAAAAUAUCGGGAGCUGUUUUGCUCCCCAGCACACUCGUCAGCAAACUAAGGUCCUCUCGACUCCGCGCUAAAGGUGCCAAAACUGGCGCUUCCACGGCGGUGGAGGCCAAGAUCGCCGAGCUAGAGGCCAAGGUCCUUGAUGGCCAGUGGGCGACACUGGUACAGCGGAUCCGGGACUCGGGCACCCUAUCGUCCAGCCUAGCAGUUUGCGACGUCAGUGGCAGUAUGACCCACCCCACAAGAUCCGACGGUACCACUCCCAUGGAUUCGGCCAUCGGAUUAUCGCUGCUGGUAGCCGAGGUCGCUGCGCCACCUUUCGCGGGCGCCUUCAUCACUUUCAGCGAAAACCCGAGAGUGCAGCGCGUCGACGUCACGGACACCUUCCGCCAAAAGGUCACCAGUCUCCGGGGGUCCGACUGGGGAAUGUCCACAAACUUCGUCGCCGUCUUCGAAGAACUGAUCCUCCCUCUCGCGAUCAAGAACAAUAUCAGGCCCGAGGACAUGGUUAAGCGCGUCUUCGUAUUCUCGGACAUGCAGUUCAACGAAGCCGAGUCGGACCAGGACAGGUGGUCUACAAGCUUUGAGCGCAUCUCGACGCGAUACAGGGCCGCUGGCUACGAGAUGCCGGAGCUUGUCUUCUGGAACCUAGCGGGCGGGCGGGCGGGCGUGACGGGCGUCGGAGACCCGACGGCGCCCAAGCCUGUAACGGCGGACACAGAGGGUACGGCACUUGUGAGUGGUUAUUCCCAGGGUAUGCUUAAGGUCUUCCUGGAUGGCGGUGGCUUCGAGGAUCCCGAAGAGUCCGAGGAGGAGGAGGAGGAGGAGCCGGUGGUUGUCGCCGAGGAUGUGGAGGAAGAGCCGGUGGUUAUCACCAAGGACGGGGAGGACAUCGAAACGCUUGAGCAGCCGGCAAAAAAGCGCAAGAAGGACCCUCUCCAGGUGGUCAAGAGGGCGGUCAGUCACAAGGCAUAUGCUAUGCUGAAGGUGGUGGAUUGA